GAGUAAAUUAACUUACCAUCAAAUGUCACAAAGAAGAAACUCAAAAGCAAAACAGCUGCACGAAAGAUGUGGUGAAAAGAGAUAUCUAAUAUUCUUUUAUCCUUAAUUAGAGGAUCCGAUUUAUUAACUGAAUGAUUAUGCUAGAUUUUCUUUUUCUAAAUAAACCAUACACGACCCAAAUUUGGAUUACUGGCUAUAAACUUAUCAUCUCUCAUCUUAACUCAUCUCGUUAGAAGUUAGAACCAUGAAAUUCACAGUUUCCUUAAUUCUCUUGUCUACCCUUUUCAUCUUGUUUGUUAUUUCCACUGCUAAAAAGCCCCACGUCAUCAAUUUCCGAUCAACUAAUCUCUACCCGGAAUCAUUCACAUGGGAUCCGAAAUCCCAGCACUUCAUCGUCGGAAGCACUCGUAACCACCACAAAAUCAUCUCCGUCUCCGAUGCCGGCGUUGUCGAAACCCUAAUCUCCGACACAUCUCUCCCUCCAAACUCCUCUUUCCUCGGCCUCUCCGUCGACCGCCACAACAACCGCCUCCUCGCCGUCAUCCACCGCCGCUAUCCGCCCUUCAACGCCGUCGCCUCCUACGACCUCCAAUCUCGCCGCCGCCUUUUCCUCUCUCCUAUCGCCGAUGAAACCAUCGCAAUUCAAUCUGCCGUCGCAAAAGACGUUGCUGUCGAUUACGACGGCAAUGCUUACGUCACCGACUCCGGUAAUGACGUCAUCUGGAAAGUUGAUUCCGACGGCGACGUUUCGAUUUUCUCGAAAUCUAAAGCGUUUAAAUCCCAUCCAGUGGAUGUAAUGACUGCAGUUGGUUUGAACGGCAUAGUUUAUAACACUCGAGGUUAUUUACUUGUUGUUCAGUCAAAUACGGGGAAACUAUUUAAAGUCAACGUUAAUGACGGAACGGCAAGGACUGUUACGUUAACCAAGGACUUAACGGGAGGUGAAGGGAUAUCCGUUAGAAAAGACGGUGUCGUAUUGGUUGUGAGUAGAAACAAGUUGUAUUUCUUGAAGAGUAAUGAUGGGUGGGGAGAGGGAGGAGUUUUUGACGAAACUGCCCUUGAAGCGGAGUGGUCGCCUACAGCUGUGACUGUUGGGGAUGAGAAGAGGGUAUACGUGUUGUAUGGGCAUGUAACGGAGGGCGUAAUGGGAAAUGUUGAGAGAGAAGAGUUUAGUAUAGUUGAAGUGGAAUCUGAGGAAGAGAAUUUAGAAGAACCCGUUUGGUUAUAUAUAUUAAUUGGAUUAGGAUUAGCUUAUUUUAUGUUUUGGAGAUUUCAAAUGCAUAAGUUAAUGGAAAGCUUGAACAAGAAAACAGUUUGAUUUUUUCCUUUUUUUUUUUUUUUGUGGGGGGGGGGGGGGGUGUUAGGGUUCUCAUAUUUGUUUAGUUUAUAGUGAGAAUUACAAGUAGUAUUUGUUUUUUUUUUCCACAAUAAUACAAAGAUCCUAUGGUUGUUUCUUGUUAUAAGCAAUUUCCUCUACAUUUACAACAUUUAAUCCUAGAACUUGCUCUAAUUCAAUCCCAAACUAGUUGGUAAGCUAUAUGAAUCUUAAUGUUCGGUAACUUGAUUUAAACUCAUCUCAGUCCAAUAUUAUAAGAAAGUUAAAGUUCUUUACAUUUUUUACUGGCAUAUAAAUUUCAACAAGACUGAAAGAUUCAUAGCUAAACACUGUACCUAAAGUAUUUAUACUAUGUCUAGAAAUUAAUGCAAUUAAUUGAUAGUAGCACUCAUAUGAACAUAUUUCUUCCAUAAUGACCUAUUUUUCACUAGGUCUGCAUGGUAUGCUUUUGCUAUUAAAGAUGAGUACGUCAGUUUCCAACGGGGAGCUCAUAUAAUUUAAGUGAAGCCCUGUAACAACAUUUUAGUUGACUCUGUAUGACCUGUGAUCACGGGUUCGAAUUGUGGAAUCAGUCAUUGUGAUCACGGGUUCAAAUUGUGGAAUCAGUCAUUGGAACGCAUGAUGCUUUGCGCAUCGGGAUGUCAAAUGUAAUUUAAUGAAGAGAUAAAAUGAAAAUCUUUUUACUGAAAAUACUUCAAUAGUGUUGGCAUUGAACUCAAUGACCCUUACAAACCUUGUCUAAGGCUUCAUUUAGACAUGAGUUUAGCAACAAUAAAUUGUAGCACUAGAAAAGUCUGCCAAGUUUCUUGAAACGUAUCUGCGCGCAACAACAUUUCUAAAUGAGGAGUUAGGGAGCUUUCUUAUUCAAAAUGUUGGGAAGGUUUGGCACAGCAGGAGCUAACACUUUUUCCUUCUCUGAAUGCUGAGGGGUUGAUGCCUUCUUAUCGUCUCCAUUUUUUGGCUUCUUUUCAUCUUCAACCUUUGGUUUGUUUCCAUGGCUUUCCACUUUUGGCUUCUUAUCAUCAGUUUCACUCUUUGGUUUCCCUUCAUCUUCCAUUUUUGGUUUCUUAUCAUUUUCAACUUUCGGAUUCUUUUCAUUGUCAGCUCCAGUCUUUGGCUUGGCCUUGGAAAAUCCAAACAGCUCCUUGAUUGAACUCCAAAUGUCAGCUACUUCAAGUGCUUCUGCA